AUGUGUCGCUGGUUUGCCUACGUCUCAGACACCGAACCAUGCAUCCUCGAAGACGUGCUCAUCCACCCCCAGCACAGCCUGACCAAGCAGGUCAACGAGCACUACUUCCCGGGCCUUUUAUCCCAUGAGCCCGGCGCCAGCACGACCAAGCAGGAAAUCAAGAUCCGCAACGCGCUCUACAACAUGGACGGGAUGGGCAUGGCAUGGUACACGAACGCGCGGCAGGCCUUUGACGAAUGCAAAGGCCUGCGCCCCGCCGUGUACAAGACCAUCUCCACCCCGCUCAACGACUUCAACUUCCGCUCUCUCGCCGCAAACACGUCCACCAAGGCCUGUUUCGCACACAUCCGCGCCGCCAGCGGCGGCGUCGUCUCCCCCGUCAACAACCACCCUUUCAUCUUCGGCCGCCACGCAUUCAUGCACAACGGCACUGUCGAAAACUUUACCCUCAUCCGCCGCGAGCUCUGCACGUUUAUCGAAGCCGAUUGCUUCGCCAACAUUAAAGGAUCCACGGACUCGGAACAUCUUGCUGCCUUGUACAUGACUUUUCUCACAGAUGGCCAGGGCAAAGCGGCCUGGGAACGCCAGUACCCCCUGGCUAAGAUGAAGGAUGCCUUGCAGAAAGCAAUCAUGCUGGUCCUGGCACUCCAGCAGAAACAGUUUGGGCCUGCCGUCGCAGAGUCGCUCGUCGCGUGCCGUUUCCGGAACCACAAGUCCGAACAGCCGCCCUCGUUGUACUACUCGACCACGGCAGGGGUCACGCUGAAUCGCAAAUACCCGGGUGAUCCGGACGGACAGCAUGAGAACGAGUGCGCGACGUGCAGGCCGAGGGAUCACGGGCCCCAUGUGAUUGUGGCCAGUGAGCCGAGUACGUAUAAGCGCGAGGAGUGGACGCUGGUGCCCAAGAAUAAUGUACUCACGGCGGAUCGCGAUGGGAAUGUAACUGUUGAGCCGAUUGUGUUUGCAAAGGAGUGGGAUGGCAAAGCGGAGAGUGAUGAGUGA